AUGUCCCUGCAGCCAGAUCAAGAUACCGAUCGCUCGAAACUUAAAAAAGACUGGUCUAGCGUUCGUGAUAUUCGUGAGGAUACACCAACCUUUGGAACUCGAAUUCUGGAAAAUAAGGAACACGUUUGGAAUCAUAACGCUUGGGACAAUGUAGAAUGGGAUGAAGAACAGGAAAGAUGCGCAAAAGAAAAAGUUCUUAAACAAUCUAAUAAACCCAUGCCUCUUGAAGAACAACAAAAAUAUCACCAAGAUGCAUCGAAAUAUUGGAAUACAUUUUAUCUUCAUAAUGAAAAUAAAUUUUUUAAGGACCGUCAGUGGUUAAAAAUAGAAUUCCCCGAACUUCACAAUACUACGAAAUCAGAUGUUGGUCCAAAAAAGAUAUUUGAGAUAGGAUGUGGGGCUGGAAAUACAAUGUUUCCAUUAUUAUCUGUAAAUCAAAACCCUGAAUUAUUUAUUUAUGCUUGUGACUUUGCUUUAAAUGCAGUUGAAGUUGUAAAGAAUAAUCCUGCAUACAAUCCUCAACACAGUAGCGUAUUUGUUUGGGAUUUAACCAGUACUAGUAUACCAGAAAACAUUGAACCUGGUUCACUUGAUAUUGUGGUAUUAAUAUUUGUUAUGUCAGCUAUUCAUCCUCAAUGUUGGAGUCAGGCUGUAGAAAAUGUUUAUAAGAUGCUUAAACCUGGUGGAUUAGUCCUUUUUAGAGAUGAAAUCCAAACGAUAUGGGGUACAAAAUUUACACUUGAGCAGAAUGCUGUAGACCGCAGAUUAAUAGUUAAUAGACAUCGUAGACUUCAAAUGUAUCGAAUUUGGUUACAAGGUAAGUUUAGAAAAAUCGAAGAACCAAACCCUCUAUAA